AUGGUAGACCCUGCAAAAGUGGAAGCAGUGGCUGAGUGGCCGAGGCAGACGAAUGUGACUGAAGUUCGUAGUUUUCUGGGACUAGCAGGUUAUUAUAGAAAGUUCAUUGAGGGGUUUUCCAAGAUAGUGUUGCCCUUAACAAAGCUGACUCGCAAGGGAAAGGAGUACAAGUGGACCAAAGGGUGUGAAGCUAGUUUCCUAGAGCUGAAAAUAAGAUUGACUUCAGCGCCGGUGUUAGCGCUACCCAACGCCAAGCAAAAAUUUGAUGUGUGUUGUGAUGCAUCAGGGCAAGGACUUGGUUUUGUUUUGAUGCAAGACGGGUGA